AUGAAAAACACUUAUUAUUCAGCGUGCGUUUUAAAUGAGGACGACGAAUCCCAAUGUGUAGUGCAGGCGCUGAAUUUGAUCGGAACCAUUUUAACCAGCAGUUACUGCAAGGAAGACUCUAAGGCAUUGCUGAUUUGCACAAGGUCGGCGUGGAGCAAGGCCAUAGAGUCAGCCGGCAUUGACAUAGCUUUCUCCUUUUACUCGAAUAAAUGCAAUGGAGCUACUCAGAAUUCGAGUCUUUCGCAAAUCUACUCUACAGAGUUUGUGUAUAAUUUACUUAAGCACUGUUUUGGUAAAAAAUUGACCAAGGUGAACGCAAACAACCCGAGUUCGGAAGGGAAAUCUCAGGACCCUCAGGAUUCAGCCAGCGCAGACUGCGCAUCUGACCCGGGUCUGUUUAGUGACCAAGACGAGGAAGAAUCACACAUUCCAAGUGCGAAGCCAGACUCGGGUGCCAAUGGACACAAGGAUGGCGACAGCGCCAGUCUCUGUGUUAAUUCCAUGAAGAGACUGCUCAUUAGAUUCGUUGACGACUUACCCAGUAGAAAAAUAGUUGAUGGAAGCUCGAAGAGGUGGGCGCCUGAGGACGAAGGGAACAGCUGCUUCUGGAACUAUAUUCAGGCCGCCAACGAAAUAGCUAUCCAUGGGGGCGCCGUGGACUACGUGGUCGUGGCAUCGCUUUCCGAAUUCGUAAUGAGGUCAGUUCCCAACUACUUGAGGGAGGGCCCCGACGAGGGCGCACACCCCUUCACCUCUUCGCCGACCAAACAGGGGAAAAUCAGGUACUACCAGCCGAAGACAGUAUCAAUGUACACAAUGGCCCUGGCCAUAACCAUAAACGCAGUGAACUCGCGAGUAAAGGGACUAAAGCACAUUAGUGGACGCGGUUCUAGACUUCUGCCUAGGUUUGCUCUCGUUGAGUCUCUGCCUCCACAGGAGGAGGACGCAACCAAGUUCAUCAAGUUCAUAUCGGCCAGGUUCGGAUCCACCCACCUGGUUAAAUAG